AUGGCUGCUCAAGCAAACGGAUGGAACGCCAAUCGUAAGAAAGAAACUUUUGGAACUUAUCUCCGAAAAGGAGCUCGAGAUUGGUAUCUUGAAUGGACAGACGGUAAUGUACAUACUUGGGAUCAACUUUUAGCAGCUUUUACAGCCAAGUAUCUAAAUAACGACUUCUGUGAACAAUGGACUGAGGAAUUACGAGGUCUUAAACAAUGCAGAAGUAAGACUGUUGAAGACUACUAUUAUCAAGUUAGGCGAAUGGCUACUCGAGCUGAACUAAAUCCUACCGCUACUCUUCCUUACUUCGUUCGAGGAUUACUACCUGAGAUUAAGGCUGUAGUUAAGACACAUGCUCCUGUUGACCUGGCUGAAGCCUUAACAAAAGCUAAACUAUAUGAGUCUGGAAAAAUGGAAACGAAAAAGUCCCGAAAAAAGUACCGACAAUAUGAAAGUUCCAGUGACGAAAGUUCUGCUAGUUCAA